AUGUCCACCGGCCACAUCGCCAAGUCGCUGGGCGGCAAAGUGAAGCCGAUUCUCUCGCUUGACAAGAAUGACGCCCGUCGCCGAGUGCUGAACCUGUACCGCGCCUGGUACCGACAGAUUCCCUACAUCUGCUACUCCUACGAGCUGCCCAUCAGCGAGAAGACGCUGCGGAACAAGGUGCGGGAGCUCUUCUUUGCCAACAAACACCACACUGACGUUCGCGUUGUUGACAUGCUGGUGCUACGUGGCCACAUGGAGCUGAAUGAUACCAUCAACAAAUUCAAGUCGAAGAUGCACGUCAUGGCGUACUUCAAAGACCCCACCUUCUACCAGAAGAAAGAUUUCCUGUCAAAGUUCCUCACUGGACAUAGUAAUGAGUAG